AUGGUGGCCAACGGCGAACCGUCAAACCUGACAGCCUUCCCGUUGCCACCAGCCACACCCCUUCCUUCCACCUACCCUUGCCAGCUUGGGUCCCAACACGAGCGUAACAACUUCCGUCCUCGCGAAUUCAAGCGCAUUCCAUCCGCGGCGGAGAGCCAAGCCGCUCUCCGUCGCACUCUCCAGAAGUACUGGGGCCACAGCGACUUCCGAGGCCCCCAACUCGACAUCUGCCUACAUGCCCUGCGGGGUUGCGACGUGCUCGUUGUCGCGCCGACCGGACUCGGCAAGUCGGUGUGUUUUCAGGUGCCAGCUGUUACUAUCGAAUAUGGGAUCACCAUCGUUGUGUCCCCUCUCCUUGCCCUCAUGAGGGACCAGGUCUCGAGCAUGCGGCUGAAGGGCAUCCAGGCGUUCCAGCUCAGCGAGAAGACUGACCCAGCAGAUGUCCAGGAGAUCAAGAGGCAGCUGCGGCUUGGACACCCGCAGCUACGUCUUCUAUAUGUCACGCCAGAGACGCUCUUUAGCCCCAAGUACACGUCUGACUUUGACAUUGCGUACCGUCAGAAGCAGAUUGUGCGGCUGGUUGUUGACGAGGCCCACGUGAUUGACGAAUGGGGUUCGACAUUUCGUCCAACUUAUCGCAAGCUCGGCGAGUUUCGGCUGCGUUAUCCGGGCGUCCCCAUCACAGCGCUCACCGCGUCCGCCACCAGUGACGUGCGGAGUGACCUGCUAACAAUCCUGAACAUGCCGAAGACGUCAGACCAGGGCCUCGCACAGUGGGUCGAGCCCUUUAACCGGAAGAACCUCUUCUACGAGGUGCGGCACAUGAGCGGCUGGGACCGGCAGGGUGAUACGAUCGACGACCUUACCAAGUUCAUCAGGUCGUUCUCUCGCGAGGCUGAAGGUAUAAACACGCGACACAAUCUCAACGCGCAGAGCAUCUCCGGACUUGUGUACUGCCGUUCCGUUACCAAUUGCCAUGUCGUCGCCGACGCGCUCAGUGCCGCUGGCAUCUCGGCCCUCCCUUUCCACGCUAAACUGUCCACGUACAAGCGUAAUGUGGCUCUUGACGAUUGGAAAGAAGGUCGGGUUGAGUGUAUUGUCGCCACCAUCGCGUUUGGGAUGGGCGUGGACCAGCCCCAUGUUCGCUAUGUCGUACAUUACGAUAUGCCGAAGUCUUUCGAGGGGUACUACCAAGAGACAGGACGCGCAGGGCGAGAUGGACACAUGUCCCGCUGCAUCCUUUACUACGCCCGCGAGGACGCCAAGUAUUUGCGGGGCUUGAUCACAAAGGAGGCCGAGAGCGCAAGAAAGAAUGGGCUUGGUCACGCAACGUUGGAACGGGCCAAGCUGCGCAUGCUCAACAGCUUCAAGGCGCUGCAACAUUAUGCUGAGUCCAUAUCUCAAUGCCGACACAUAGCCAUCGGCCGCUUCUUCGGUGAAGACAUCAAGGAGGUGACGCAACAGGUCAAGCAAAAGUACUGCGAUGGCAUGUGUGAUGUGUGCUCCAACCGCGCCGGCGUGUAUCACCGCGCCAUGGCACUCAACGAGGACUGCGAAGUCGCAUCGCCAGUCAUCCAGCCCCCUCCAUUGGAGUCAUCACCACGGUACCUGGCUCAGAGCGGGCAUCCUGGUAACUCACUUGCCAUGUUCCACGCCUCUUCCUCGUUGGCGCCAACUAGCAGAGCCAUGAAUCUUUCGCCGAUUCAAGAUAUCUCGUCUGCCGAGGACCCAGACUUCGAUGAUGACUUCACAAAGCAGUGGCUAGCAGAGAACGACCGUCCCACGCCACUGAGAACGCCAGCGUCCCGGUCUUCAUUUCAAGCACGAAACCCCUUGGCGACACCCGUGCCAAGCCGCUUCGCUACCGUUUCGCCGGGAGUUGGAGCCUCCGCCUUCCCCCGGGCGCUCUUCACAACGCCGCAAACACAAGUGCUCAGGGCACAUCGAUUACAGACGAUGGACCAGGUUGUUGAUGAAGGAGUAACAGGCGCAGUUGUCGUCCUCGGGGACGAGCCAACCCCCGAAUAUGCUCAGCAGAAGCGCAAGGCGCGCGACGAUGCGUUCAAGGGCGUCACACCGGCGAGGGAGGGAGGGCCGUUGUCAUUCUACAACGGCGGCGUGCCUCGGAAGCGGACAAAGGCGGCGUCGGAUUUUAAGACACCGUUCCUCGACCCGUCCGCGCCAAUGCCGCCGCUCCCACCUCCGGCACGUCGAGCCCAAGAGGCAUUAUUCCUCCCAGGUCCUUCGCAGUUCAGCCAGUUGGACGAGUCUGACAACACCGCUCCUCCCGCGCCGGUGCGUGAGGCCAGUCGUGGUACUGUGCCAGAUGGUGCAGGGCGCCAGGCGGCGAUCCAGAAGCUCCGCGAAGCACUGCGGUUGAGCUUCGAGAGCGGUGCUUUGGCAGAGGAGGUGCUCAAGCACUGGGGGAGGACCGAGGUUGGAGAUAGGCGUCUGCAACUGUUGAAGAAAGUAGCGCGUGAGUUAGAAUUAGAUAUCGCCAAGAUGGGCCGACAAGAAGAACCAUACAACGACAUUGUCGACGAGACUUGUGCCGCACUCAAGCUCGUGCGCGACACUCGCGGUGUCCGCCUGGUCACCAGCGGCCGUCUCGUCGCAACGCAGGACACCCGCGUCGAGCGCCUGCGCCACGUAGAGCAGUGUAUGCGGAGUGUGAAGGUCAGGUAA